CCUUGAGCAACCGCUCGGUCCUUUUAGCAUGCUCAAAUGUCAAUUGAGCUUCCAAUAGUGCUUGUUUACAGCCCCGGACCCGCUUCUCUCCGCCACCCGCUUGCUAGAGAGCACUUUUGUAUUGUGCCAACCACGAUAACCACUCAGAUCUCGGACUCGUAACAUGAGCACCAGGAAGGUCGGGUAUCCACAAACAUCUAGCUCGCCAGGUUUUGAGUACCUUGAGGUGAGUGCAUGCUGGUUACGUGAAAGAAAUGUGCAUCCAUGCCCUGUCUAGUUUACGCCGUCACUCUUCCUCUGCUGAUCUCAAGUAUAUACACCCCCAAAUUGUUCUGUUCGUAUGCUACUCAAAAGGAUCUACACCGUUUGAUUGGAGCCUCUUGAUCGAAGCUGUCCUACUCCUCACGUCUCUCGAGUUUUCUUCUAUACCAGGUGACUACUGUUCGGAGCGGACCUUCUUUUCUGGUCAAGUCGGCAGUGUCCAAGCCAAUCACUCGUACAUUCACCAUCGUCAUUACCUUACACAGCGUCAGGCGGUAUACGAGUAUUGUCGGGAAGGAUCACUGGGGACAAACACUACCUCGGCCGUUUGCUCCUACAAGUGAAGGCCUCAAGGUCUUCCUGUUGUGCGUGUUGCCUUCCACCAUUCCUUACUACCAACUAUCAGCACCAUGUGGGCACAAAACAUCUUCUUUGGUGCGCUGGCAGUUGUUGGUGUAGUAGCAUCUCCCAUAGACAAACGCCAGUUCGCAUAUGGCUCGAACCCAGUACGUGGUGUCAAUAUAGGAGGAUGGCUGGUCCUUGAACCGUGGAUUACUCCGUCUAUGUUCCAACCUUUCGGCGGAAGCGUGGUGGACGAGUAUACACUCUGCCAAAAUUCAGGCGAUGCCGAAUCGAUUCUUCGCAGCCACUGGGACAGCUGGGUCUCCUUGGGUGAUUUUCAGAAGAUUGCGGACAAUGGCUUCAAUAUGGUACGGAUACCGAUUGGGUACUGGGCAUUCCAGAAAUACGAGCAGGAUCCAUAUAUACAAGGUGCCGCAGACUACCUCGAGGCGGCCAUUGGUUGGGCCCGCCAAACAGGCUUGAAGGUAUGGAUCGACUUGCACGGUGCACCACGCUCGCAGAAUGGUUACGACAACUCUGGCCAGCUUACCUCGACACCGGGUUGGACGCAAGGCGAUAGUGUGCAGGCCACCCUCAAUGUCAUUGGACAGAUAUCGGAGAAGUACGCUACAUCAGACUACUCCGAUGUGGUGGUUGGUAUUGAACUUCUGAACGAGCCGUACAUGGCUGGCUUGUCCGGCGGAAAGUCGGCCACUCAAGGAUAUUAUCAAGCCGGAUUCGGCACCGUCAGGCAGAAUGGACAGGCACCAGUCGUGAUCCAUGAUGGCUUUGAUAACCCCUCGGACUGGAAUGGCUUUUUGACUGGUAAAGGCACGUCUGGCGCCAUGAUUGACCACCACGAGUACCAGUGCUUCACCAAUGAGGGAGUGGCACUUUCGCCCGAAGACCACGUCAGCGAAGUAUGGAAUUCAGCAAAUACUUGGGGAACCGGGCAAGACAAGUUCGUCAUCGUGGGUGAAUGGACGGCGGCCAUGACCGAUUGCGCGCAAUACGUCAACGGCUAUGGAGUCGGUGCCAGAUACGAUGGUUCCUACAACAAGGGCAACGGCGACGGCAGUUCCUAUGUCGGAUCGUGCGCGGACAAGAACUCCAUCGAUCAAUGGAGCGACGACUACAAGCAGGCCACGACCAAUUAUAUCAACGCACAAAUGAGCGCCUUCGAAUCCAUGGUUCAAGGCUGGAUUUUCUGGAACUUCAAGACCGAGGGCGCCGCAGAGUGGGAUCUGUUUAAGCUAAUUGAUGCUGGUGUAUGGCCUCAGGGCUCGUAAGAAGAGCGAGCAUGAAGCAAAACAUCAUUUCCGUUUCUUUGUUUGGAGCUUCCCUCUGCGAUUGAGGAAGAUACCAUUUUAAGGGCAUGCAUUAAAAGGGACAUUCGUUGCAUCUAAUACACUUACGAAAGUAUUACAAGGCUCAUUCAGCAUCAAUUCAAUUCGACACCCUCCGCUUCCGGGCAUUUGGAUACAGGGGGGGAAUGACAUCCUUUCCUGAUCACGAAUUUUUCUGUGGACAGUAGAAAGACCGACAAUGCUGUUGACGUGUGGUUGCGCGCAUGGCUGUUCGAACUAGGUACGCAUCUGAGCACGAGGACACAUUGCCCCGAGAUCAGAUUUGCUUGCUCAAGGAUGAUCCUUGACGAUCAGUCGCAUAUAUGCAUACGCGGGGGGGAUCAACAUUAUUGAUUGAAGCCUUUCAAAGGCUAUUUUGAGGGAUCGCCCCCCAAAGAAAGAUUAAUGAAGUUUAUGACAACAAGAAUAAAUAAGAUGACGAGUACACAACACACUCCGUAUAUACCUCAGGUAGUUUGAACAUCCAAAAAC